AUGCAAGUGGAAAAAUCACGGGAUCGACGUACAAUGAAAUGCUUGGUGGUUCUGCAAAUUUGUGCUGCAGUUGUGACGAUGUUGUUAAUUUCAACAUUCUAUCUAACUAUGUAUCCAAGUAACAAAGGAAAAAAACAUACACCUUCUACCAACAUUGUGCCAAGCAAUCCUAUUCAAAAGGAUAAUAUUGCAAUCCUCUAUGCAAUAGAUCCAAUCGGUCACUCAUUCUGUUUUCGUGAUGGACAAUAUGGUGAAGAAAUUACCGACUGGACUGUUUUCAAUAGAUGUAGUGAUCUUGAUUUCAAUAGUUAUUAUGCCGGUAAUUUUACUGUUGGUAUAGAAGGUGGUCGCGUUGGUACAAUCAUCGAUCUAGGCUCUCGUGGUGAUCUUGAGAAAAAAUAUAAAUAUCAAGAAACAGUUGGACAUGGUCAAGGUUAUGCAUCGAUUCAUCGAACGAACAAAACAUUACUUAUUCUUGAUAAUUAUCAGAGCCAUACUUUUCAAGCAAUGGAUGAAUCAGCUGCAUUAUUUCAAGAUGCAAGUUCAUCAACAACUGUUGCUGCUAAACUUGAUCAUGUAUACGCUCUUCGAAUUACUGAUAGAUAUGACGGUAAAUUCGAACGCAUCGUUAAAAUGUUAGUGAUUGCUUAUCAUCCAAAUGAAUCAGUUACUAUUCGAUGGGAAGUGUUGCCAUAA